UUUACCAAUUAAACAAAUAAACCAAUGGAUUCGAUCACCGGUUCGGUUAUGUCUCUUCCGUUUCCUCUGCACUUUUCUGAUCUUCCGAUUCCACCAAAUCGCCAAUGUCUCACCAGGGCGAAUCAUCCGACUCGAAAUCGGGGAAGAAGGACUUCUCCACCGCGAUUCUCGAACGCAAGAAGUUGCCGAACAGAUUGGUCGUCGAUGAAGCCGUCGACGAUGAUAAUUCCGUCGUGGCCAUGCACCCACAGACAAUGGAAAAACUCCAACUUUUCAGCGGCGAUACUAUUCUCAUCAAGGGAAAGAAACGGAAGGACACUAUUUGCAUUGCACUUGCUGAUGACAAUUGCGAGGAGCCCAAAAUCAGGAUGAACAAGGUUGUGAGAUCCAAUUUGAGGGUUCGUCUUGGUGAUGUUGUGUCUGUGCAUCAGUGCCAUGAUGUUAAGUAUGGGAAACGAGUCCACAUUCUGCCUAUUGACGAUACUGUCGAAGGUGUCACUGGAAAUCUGUUUGAUGCUUACUUGAAACCUUAUUUCUUGGAGGCUUAUCGCCCUGUCAGAAAAGGAGAUUUAUUCCUUGUCCAAGGAGGGAUGAGAAGUGUAGAGUUCAAGGUCAUUGAAACUGAUCCUGGGGAGUAUUGUGUGGUUGCUCCAGACACUGAAAUUUUCUGUGAAGGUGAACCCGUGAAACGGGAGGAUGAAGAAAGGCUGGAUGAAGUUGGACACGAUGAUGUGGGUGGUGUUAGGAAGCAAAUGGCACAGAUCCGUGAGCUUGUAGAGCUUCCACUGAGACAUCCUCAGCUUUUUAAGUCGAUUGGUGUUAAGCCACCCAAGGGAAUUUUGCUCUAUGGACCCCCUGGCUCUGGUAAGACACUAAUAGCAAGAGCUGUUGCUAAUGAAACCGGAGCUUUCUUCUUUUGUAUUAAUGGUCCAGAGAUUAUGUCCAAAUUGGCCGGAGAGAGUGAAAGCAAUCUCAGGAAAGCAUUUGAAGAAGCAGAAAAGAAUGCUCCAUCCAUCAUAUUUAUUGAUGAGAUUGAUUCGAUUGCACCCAAGCGGGAGAAGACAAAUGGUGAAGUUGAAAGGAGGAUUGUUUCACAACUUUUGACUCUUAUGGACGGAUUGAAGUCUCAUGCACAUGUUAUUGUUAUUGGUGCAACAAAUCAUCCAAAUAGCAUUGACCCAGCAUUAAGAAGGUUUGGUAGAUUUGAUAGAGAAAUUGACAUUGGUGUUCCUGAUGAAGUCGGUCGACUUGAAGUCCUUCGCAUACAUACCAAGAACAUGAAGCUUUCUGAUGAGGUUGAUUUGGAGAGAAUAUCAAAAGAUACUCAUGGGUAUGUUGGUGCCGACCUUGCUGCUCUUUGCACUGAAGCUGCUCAUACUGAGAGAGUGGUUAAAGACAAAGUCUUGGUGUUCAAUUUUACUGAUGUGGGAAAACUUCCCUCUCCUGUUCUUAACGGCGAGAGAGCCGUUGUGCUAUUCUUCAUCGCUCAUAUACUCUUCUCUCUCCCUUUCUCUCUCUUACUCUCCCAUGGUGUCCCACUUUCUUUCCUUGCCCUUGCAGCCUCCUUCAUUGAGAUCAGCUACGACGCUGCCGCUUCUUCCUCUUCCCUCUUCUGCACCAGACGCGGUGCUUCUUCCGGAAUCCUCCUCGGCGCCGUGACUCUCCCUGCUCUUCUACUCUCCAAGUUGACGCAAUUAUCAAGAGGAUUCUCAUCGGCACAAGUUAAUCUUCAAGAGAUUCACUAUAUGACAUUGCAAUACUGGGCAACAUCUGCCACCAGCUUCGUGGUGCUCGUGUUCCUCAGUUUUGUUCUGUCGCACCGCACUCCUCUUUCGCGUAAGGAUUGGGGUUUAGGGUUUGGCUUGUGCUUCUUGUUUUUGCAAGCUUCGCUGUGCUUUCUGGCACUUGCUUCCACCUCCUCCCAAAGUGGCUUGCAACUUGCAUGCAAGCUGUCAUGGGUCCUUGGUCAUGGAUUGGCAGCAGUGAUGCUAAUUCAGCAUUUUCUUGGAACUUUUCCAUCUUGUGCUUCCAUUGGGGAAGCACUUUUGGUGACAGCUGGUAUUGUUCUCUAUUUUGGUGACAUGCUGUUGCUUACUGUUAUGAGGCUAUGUGGACUACUGAUGUCAUCAGAUUUGGUCACUGCAGAGUAUGAAACUAGUCGAAGUGAGAUAGGCAUCAUAAUUCAGGGAGUGCUGCUUGGCCUUCUGCUAUAUCCAAUACCUUUCAAAUAUAUUCUUCGUGUAUGGGAAUGGUCCACAAAUACAGCUUCUGCUGAGUCAAGAAGAUACAGUGAGAUUAGAAGAUCGGUUAUUUUUUUUUCUCUCUUUGUAUUGGUCAUGGUUGGGAUUGUACCAUUAUGGAUGCAGUUUGUGCAUGAAUUUCAUCUGCAUCCUAUUCUCUGGGUCCUAUCCUUUGUUUUAUCAGAUCCAUUCAAAAGACUAUCACUGUGUAUCUAUUGGGUUUGUGUAAUAUGUCUCUCUGUGUUAUAUGUCUAUGACAUCUCUAAGAACAGUAGAGUUGAGAGAAUUCUUCUGCGGAAAUACUACCAUCUAUUGGCUGUCUUGAUGUUUGUACCUGCUCUUAUCUUACAGCCAGAGUUUCUUGAUCUGGGUUUUGGUGCAGCUCUGGCAGUUUUCUUGACGUUAGAAAUUAUUCGAAUAUGGAGAAUCUGGCCUUUGGGACAACCAAUUCAUCAGUUUAUGAAUGCAUUCACUGAUCACCGGGAUUCUGAUUUUCUAAUUCUCAGCCACUUCUCACUUUUACUUGGAUGUGCACUUCCUAUUUGGUUGUCUUCCGGUUACAAUGAUCGACCCCUUGCUCCUUUUGCGGGAAUAUUGAGUCUAGGAAUUGGAGAUACAAUGGCAUCAUUAAUUGGGCACAAGUAUGGUGUUCUAAGGUGGAGUAAAACUGGCAAGAAAACAAUUGAAGGUACUGCAGCUGGUAUAACGUCUGUUCUAGCUUCUUGCUGGUUACUCCUUCUAUUGUUAGCUUCAAGUGGACACAUUUUCACCCAGAAUUGGUUCUCGCUGCUUCUAUCUGUGACUGUUAGUGGUUUGUUGGAGGCAUACACAGCACAACUUGACAAUGCAUUCAUACCACUAUUUUUCUAUAGCCUUCUAUGCUUGUAGAUGCUGCAGCUUCUUCCUUACAAAAAAUACAAGUUUAUAUUGGAUGAGCGUAUUCAGCAGAAGUCUUGAUGAUUUUUCAGCAUAUGCUUGCUUUGGCAUAUUCUUUUUGUAGAUAACUGUUAACCAAAUGCUGACAGCAGUGAGCCAGUGACAAUAAUUAUUUGAGAGUUAGGGAUGGUAUACAUAGCCAACAUAGGAUUGUUGUAUGUCUUCACAGAAAUGAUAGUCAUAGGAAUAGUGUUUAGCAUGCUAUUUAUAGGAGUCACAAUUUUUCAUUUUUGAUAGCCACGAUGAAGAGAGUGGAAAACAGUUGAAUAUCAAAUGAGCUUUCAUUUUUUCAUUCUUUCAAUUUUCUCACGGGCAUUGCACAGGUUAGGCGAGAGGGAGAGGGAGAGGGAGAGGGAGAGGGAGAGGGAGAGAAAUGUGUGUACUUGUUGAGAAUUUGGGUAAUAAAACUGAAAAUUGCUAUCA